UUGUGCAUUGUCCAUUUCUCCCGAUCUCAAGCACCAUGGCGCUUGAUGCGGAGACCCAUUCCUUUGGAGCUCUGCAGAAAAAGUCGAAUGAGUGGCCCCAGCGGGAGAUGCAGUGGCGACAUAAACUUGAGCAUUUGCAAAGAUUCCUGGCGCGGCAUGGGUUCUCAGACGAGCAUCGACCACGCAAGGUGGGCAGUGGGAGAGACAUGCGGAUUAAAAUGGAGUGCAUCUAUCCCAUCCAUGUGGCCGCCCAGCUGAACGACACCUACACCAUGCGGAUCCUGUUGGACAUGCGUGUGGAUCCACAAACCGGUGCCAGCGGCGGUCGGACGGCCAUGGACGUGGCCCAGGAGGCCAUGAGUGGCUGCGGCUACUUCUCAAACUCAUGGCCAUGGAUUGGGAGAGCUUCAUGGAUCCAUUGUUUCAUGGAACAAUUGGAAUGAGACCAUUGACAUUGCUGAAGCGAAGAGGCCAGCAAUCCUCCCCAAAGGGUGGGCGAAAAACAGCCCACCGAACAAGGUUGGUGGAGGUCUUUGGUCAUGAACUGGUCCAAGGUUUGGCAAGUUUGAGUGCGGAUCGG